AAUUCCUACACAUCCCACUCGUCGCCCUCCUCCCAGUCCCCGUCGCCCUUUCUACCUGUCGGAGACUGGCACUGACUGCCUGACGGCACCCAACAGGAGCCCCGGAUCAAUCUGCCAUCCACUCAGCGGAACAGCCCGGUGCAAGCGCAGGGAGAUAAGUUACCCCCAGCCUGUACCAGGAACUGACCAUCGCCUGCAGGUGGCGAGCCUUGGUGUGCCCGCCCAGUACAGGGCACGUACCCCAGGCACAGGCUGCGCUGCACGGGGCAGGGGCGAUGUCACCGGUGUGACCGAGGGGCAGUCACACAAAUCACACUCAGGAAUACCCAUUCCGGAAUAGGAGAACCCACUCCACACCUGGCACCGAGUGCCCUGCGGGUAAUGCCCAGCCUCUGCCUCCUAUAACCUGCCCCAGGGGCAGCACCAUGUUCCUGCCUCCCACUAGGAAAGGCUUCUCCAUUGAGGCUCUGGUAGGUCCAGACCGAAGCCCAGAGGAGCCCCUCAGACCCACGGCGAUAAAGUACCCCGAGCCUGUGCCCGGCCUGCCACCUGCCCAGCUCCGCCACGGGAUCCGGCUCCUGGGGGCCCCAGAGCUGCUAUUCCCGGAGCCAGCAGCGAAUGCUUAUGGACACGGUCUAGGGAUCCCACAGCACCGAAUCCUCCACCGGGACCCGCUCAGCUUCUGCCCCUGGAUCCUGCGGCACCGGCUGCCCGGGGAGGAAAAUACUCCAGAGAACUAUUUGCUUCAAGGACCUUUUUCAAGAAAACCCAAAAGGAUACGUACUGCAUUCUCUCCAUCACAACUUCUGCGCCUGGAAGGAGCCUUUGAGAAAAAUCAUUAUGUAGUGGGCACAGAAAGGAAACAGCUUGCAAACAGUCUGUGCCUCACGGAGACCCAGGUAAAAGUGUGGUUUCAGAACAGAAGGACAAAGCACAAGCGUCAGAAAUUAGAAGAGGAAUGUCCAGAAAAUCAGCAAAAGAGAAAAAGUAGCCAACAUGUUAGUAGAUGGAGGAUGGCAACAUGUCAGAAUAGCCCCAAGGACAUUGACGUCACAUCAGAUGACUGAUAUAACCUGUUUAAUAAACUGCACAUAUUACAUGAAGAUGGACUAUUAUAUCAUGUGGUCAGAUGUUAUCUGCAAGAGACAUGGUCAAUCAUUAACUCAACUUGUAGUAUGAACAAUGGACAAUGCACUUGUGUCAAAGUUUGUAAUUUCAUUUAAUGACACCUCCCAGGACAUUCUGGCCAAUCAUUUAUGUUCUAACAUGAUAUUGUAUGGCUGUGUAGAUACAGUGAUAUUGCCUAUACUUGUGUUCAAUAGAAAAUGAACCAGUUGGAAACGACUAAGAACUGUCAUUCAGAAGAUGAUAGCAAUACAAUACUUUUACCUCAGGAAUCCACAUUGUGUACUAGAUAAAGAAAAUGUAAAUAUAUAUUUAAACAUGAAAGAUGUGGCUAUCUAAGGGGAUAAUUUGAUAUUAAACAUGGACACUAAGAUUAUUUAUUGUUAUACAUACAUAUUCCUCAGGAAUGCAUACUAAAGUAGCUAUUAAAAGGAUUAAAAGGCAUGACAAAUAUGAAA